AUUUUUGUAAAGACAAAAGUUGGUUUCCAGCUGUAGAUGGAUAACUUGUAGCUCUGUUUUUUAUUUGUUUUAUUUAUUUUAGCUAAUUAUCUUGUUUAUGGUUUGAUUUUUUUUUGAGUGAAAAAUAAAUAAAAUCCUUUCUUUAGUUGAUGUUCAUGAGCAGAUUGUCAUACAUGCCUCUGUCAUUUGUCUACAACAAAGAUCUAUCAUUUUAAAGUGCUGUGUUCAUCUGUCAACAACAUUUUCUUAAAAUUUUGUAAACACUAUCUCACCAAAUUUUUCAUAUAAUAUGAAGAAAUCUAGAAGUGAUCGGACUGAAGAAGUUGUGGUUAAAGAAAUAACAACCCCGGAUGGGGAAAAUGAUAUUCUUACAAUUCGCCCUUUAGGUGCUGGUCAAGAAGUAGGUAGAAGCUGUGUUCUGCUUGAAUUCAAAGACAAAAAAAUUCUUCUUGAUUGUGGAAUACAUCCUGGUUUGAACGGAAUCAAUGCGCUUCCCUACGUUGAUCUUAUUGAAGCCGAGCAGCUUGAUUUACUCUUGAUUUCACAUUUUCAUCUUGACCAUUGUGGAGCUCUUCCAUGGUUUUUAACGAAGAAAGCUUUCAAAGGGAAAUGCUACAUGACUCAUGCUACUAAAGCUAUUUAUCGUUGGCUACUGGCUGAUUGUAUCAAAGUAUCAAAUAUUUCCAAUGACCAAAUGUUAUACAAUGAAGCUGAUUUAGAAGCGUCAAUGGAUAAAAUUGAUGUCAUUAACUUUCACGAAGAAAAGGAAAUAAAUGGGAUCCGUUUUUGGUGUUAUAAUGCUGGACAUGUUUUAGGUGCUGCUAUGUUCAUGAUAGAAAUUGCUGGAGUGAAAGUUUUGUAUACUGGCGAUUACUCUCGUCAAGAAGACAGACAUUUGAUGUCAGCUGAAAUACCUGCUGUUCGUCCUGAUGUCCUUAUCAUCGAAUCUACUUAUGGAACGCAUAUUCAUGAAAACAGAGAACAGAGAGAAAAUCGAUUUACAAGUGUUGUUCAUGACACUGUAACACGAGGUGGUAGAUGUUUGAUUCCUGCUUUUGCUCUUGGUCGAGCUCAAGAGUUGUUGCUUAUUCUUGAUGAAUAUUGGGCACUCCAUCCAGAACUCCAGAGUAUACCUAUUUACUACGCUUCAUCAUUAGCCAAAAAAUGCAUGGCUGUUUAUCAAACCUACAUUCAUGCAAUGAAUGAAAGAAUUCGUCGUCAAAUCGGUAUCAAUAAUCCGUUUGUUUUUAAACACAUCUCAAAUCUUAAAUCAAUCGACCACUUUGAAGAUGUCGGUCCUUGUGUUGUUAUGGCUACUCCAGGUAUGCUUCAGAGUGGAUUAUCGAGAGAACUAUUUGAAACUUGGUGUUCCGACUCUCGUAACACUUGUAUUAUUGCUGGAUAUUGUGUUGAAGGAACACUUGCAAAGCAAAUUCUUUCUGAGCCACAAGAAAUAACAACUAUGAAUGGCCAAAAAAUCCCAAGAAACUGUCAAAUUGAAUAUAUUUCAUUCUCUGCUCAUCCCGAUUUCAACCAAACAAGUGAAUUCAUUCGUGCUCUUCGCCCUCCUCACAUUAUUCUCGUCCAUGGUGAAGCGACAGAGAUGCAAAGAUUAAAAUCAGCGUUGAUUCGUGACUACGAAGACGAACCAUCUCCACCAGCUGUGCAUAAUCCACCAAACACCGUUGGAGUCAAGCUCUAUUUUCGUGGAGAGAAAAUUGCCAAAGUUAUGGGCACUAUCGCGAAAGAACAGCCUCAUCCUGGUAAACAGCUUUCUGGUAUUCUUGUUAAAAGAAACUUCAAUUAUCACCUUUUCGAUCCAUCCGAUUUGCACAAGUAUACUGAUCUCAACAAAAGUAUUGUUAAUCAACGCUUAAGUUUACAUUUUAAUGGAAAUUUUUUCGAGUUAACUACGAUCCUUAGUCAGUUCAAAUGGGAAAUAGUCGAAAGUGCAAACAACACCAAAGCAAUUAAAUUAUUUGAUCACAUUAAACUGAUGCACAAUGGUGAAACAAAUGUAAUUACACUAGAUUGGGUUGCUAGCCCAGUACACGACAUGUAUUGUGAUGCUUUAAUCGCCUUAUUGGUCAAACAUUCCACACCCAAAAAGAGCUCAGAUGAAGUAAAAAAUGACGAUAAAAAAUCAGGUCCAAAUCAGAAUUUCCUAAUGGACGCAAUCAAAGAGAUGUUUUCAUUGGAAAACAUGCAACCUGAGUCAAGUAAUGGACAAGAAAGAUAUGCAGCGGACGAUGAAGUUUAUUCAUUUAUGGUAGAUGGAUCAUUAACUAAAGUCUCUUUAAUCAGGAAAGAAAUUAUUUCAUGUGAAAAUGAUAAAGUAAGGACCAUGCUUAACAGAUUAUUUGGUUGCCCAGCUGCAGCGACAAUUAGCUGAUGACUACUCUAAUUGUUUACACCGUUAGAUCUCCAUUUCUCCCACACAUACUUCAUUUGUAAUUUAAAAGUAAUAAACAAUUUUGUAUAGAAA